AUGAUCAAUAUUCAUCAUCAUACAAUGAUUCACAUUAUUGGCAUGAAAAUAAUUCAAAUUCAUAUGAUUUUUAUGGUUCAACAUCCAUCUCAUACACUUUUACAACAAAAUAGUUUUACUCAACAAGUUUAUCUUAAAUAUGAACAAGAAUGUCUUGAUGAUUUUCGUGUUGAUGGUGCAUCAUUUCCACAACAAUUUUUUCCAACAAAAUUAAAUUAUACAUUCAAAGCAAUUGCUGCUGCAGUAGCAAAGAACAGUGAUACAUCAAAUUCAUUAGAAUCCAAUGGUGAACAAUAUCUGAACGGUGCUCAUAUUUUUUCAAGUGGAUUUCGAUUUAUUUUCUAUGUAUUUUAUUACAUUGAAGAAUUUAGUGUUUUAGGAAGAAUUGGUAUUAGUUUAGCUAUUGUUGGUGGUGUGAUUAAUUGUAUGCUUUAUAAUGUUGAUGAUAGUCAUCGAGAUGUUAUUUUUGAUCAUUUUCAAAGUGUUAAACUAGAUGUUAUUGAAGAAGGAACUCAUUUUAUGAUUUCAUGGCUUCAUAGAACAAUUAUAUUUGAUAUUCGUACACGACCACGAUCUGUUCCAUCAACAACAGAAAUAAAACAUUUACAAACAAUUAAUAUAACAUUACGUAUUCUUUAUCAACCAAGAGCUGAACUUUUACCAAAAAGUUUUUGCAAAUUUGGUUUUAAAAUCUGUUGUACUAAGUCUCAAUUUGAUGCUAUUGAAUUGAUUACACAACGUACACUUAUUUCUCAACGUAUUAGUGAAUUAUUAAUAGAACGUGCUGCUCAAUUUGGUUUAUUACUUGAUGAUAUUUCGAUUACACAUUUAAGUUUUAGACCUGAAUUUACAAGUGCUGUUGAAUUAAAACAAGUUGCACAACAAGAUGUUGAAAAACAACGAUUUUUAGUUGAAAAAACGGAACAAAGUCGUCAAGCAAAUGUUAUUGCAGCAGAAGGUGAUGCACGUGCAGCUGAUUCGAUUGGCAAAGCUUUAGAUGAAGUUGGUGAUGGUUUGAUCGAACUUCGACGAAUUGAAACCGCUGAAGGUAUUGCAAAUCAAUUAUCAAAAUCAAGAAAUAGCGUCUAUUUACCACAUGGUCUUCAAAUGUUACUUAACAUCACUGGUGAAAAAGAAGAUCAGAUCAACAAUUCUCUAGGUGAUAUUAAAGAUUCAAGUACGAUUGAAAUGAUGAAUUUCGAUAAUCUCUUUCGACGUUUUAUAUUAACUCAAUCAUUUGUACGUGGUUGGAGAAAUCCAUUUCAUUUACAAGAAAUUUUUACCUAUCGACGUGAAAAAAUUGGUGUAAGAGAUGAGUGUUUAGAAAUUGUACCAGCUGAAAAUGUACAGAAAAAUACUGUUGAAAUAAUUAAACAAGAAACAAAAAGUUCAAUUCUUCUUGAAAAUCCAUAUUAUGGUUUAAGAAAAUCACCAGAUCUACUUUAUUGGUGUCAAAAAAUGAAAUUAACAUCAGCUAUUCUGCAUGGUUUUUCCCUUGGUGGACAUAAGGCUUCAUUAGCAUUUACAAAAUGGCCUGAUCUACCUUCUCGACAAUUCUAUAAAAAUAAAGUCUCUCAAACAUUUUAUGAUUAUUUACGUGAACGAAAUCGAUCAAUAGAUUCAAAUAAAAUUGUUCUCAAUCUUAUUAAAGAUAUGAUGCGUCUCCUUAUGGAUGAAUUUACAUCUUUAUAUAAUUAUUCAUGUUCGAUAUAUUCCUCAUAG